AUGUGUACAGGUCUCUGCCAGCGCCGCAAGUGGCCGAACCCGUCAUAUGAGCCAUACGCAGCCUCAUCCGGGUAUACGUGCAUUGUCCGUGUAAACAACCGCGAGUACCAGACGGAUGCCAUUUGUGAAUCCGAGACCCUUGCCCGCGAGAAUGCCGCCAUGCGCGCCUACCUGAUCUGCCGCAACUUCUCCGUCAACGACGGCAUGUACCCAGCCGGCCAUGACCAUGGCGGCGUCGUGCAGGGCAUUCCGGUGGCCAUUGGCACUGGACGAAAGGGCCGUUACGGCGAUGAUACCGACACCUCCACCAGCGGAGAGAGCCGCAGCGGAGGAAGCAGCCCUGAGAGUUACGAGGGGGGCCGCCUCAGCCGGGAUCGAAACGCUGCUGGUCCUUCCAGAGCUCUUGCGUUUGGUACUCGAGGAUUGUAA